CCGGCCUCCCAUUGGCUCCCGCCCCGCGGCUUCAAACGGUCCGGCGGGAGCGAUGGCGGCGGAGGCUGCGGCCGCACCCCCCCGGCGGGUUCAGGUCUGCGUCCGCCUGCGCCCCGGCCCCCCCGGUGAGGAUCCCUGCCUGCUGCCCCUCGACUCCCACACCCUGCAGCUGCGUGAGGACCCCCCCCACGCCCCCUCCUGCUACCGCUUCGAUGCUGUUUACGACGCCGCCAGCUCCACGGCCGCCGUCUACGAGGGCUCCGUCCGCCUGCUGCUGGCCCAGUUCCUGGCCGGCCGCGACGUCACCGUUCUCGCCUACGGGCCCAGCGGCUCCGGGAAGACUCACACCAUGCUGGGUGGUGAAGGGGAGCCCGGCUUGGUGCAGCGUGCCCUCGAGGAGCUUCUGCAGGCCGUGGGGGCCAGCCGCCGCCUCAGCGUGGCUUGCAUGGAGGUGUACUGCGAGGAGGCCCGCCGAGCCCUCAGCUUCGCCCGGGGGGCUCGCCGGGUGCCCCCCCCCCAACAAGCUGCCGUGGGGGGGCAGGGGGAGGGUGCCACCGUGGCCAGCGACGCCCCAGAGUCCAGGUCCCCCCCCUCCACGCCCCCCCCGGAGGACCAGGCCCUGCAGCGCUGGCUGGAGGAUGCUGAGAACACCCUGCAGAGGCUGAAGAAGCGGCGCCCACCCCCCUCCCCUCCUCCUCCUCCUCCUUCUCGUCCAGGUGCCCCCUCCCCGGCCUCCCUGGUGGUGCUGCGGCGGCGGCAGAAGGGCUGUCCCCAGUGGGAGGCGGUGGCUGCCCCCCAGCUGGAGGCGGGGGUCCGGGCCCACGUCCUGCAGGCGCUCAACGGGGGGGACCCGGCACAGCUGCGGGGGCUGGGGCCACGCCGGGGGGGGCGCGUCCGAGCCUGGCGCCAGGAGCACGGCCCCUUCCGCACGGUGGAGGACCUGGCGGCGGUGCCCGGCUUCACGGCGGCGCAGGUGGCCACGCUGCUGCAGGCCAAUGUCACCGCUGCCCUGGGGACAGCCCCGUUGGGCCCCGCGCCCCAAUAAACACCCACGAGCGCCGACCCCGCCUGGCUGCGUGCGCCUGGGGGAGGUGACCCCAAGACACCAAGGUGCCACCAAGGUGACCCCAGGACAAGGAGGUGACCCCAAGCCAUUGAGGUGACCCCCAAGUCACCGAGGUGCCACCAAGAUGACCCCAGGAAAAGGAGGUGACCCCCCAAGCCACCAAGGUGUCCCCAAGCUGAGGAGGUGACCCCUGAGCCACCAAGGAGAUGUCCCCAAGCCAAGGAAGUGACUCUGAGCCACCAAGGUGUUCCUGAGCCACCAAGGUGUCCCCCAAGCACCAAGAUGACCCCAAGCCACCAAGGUGGUCACCAAGGGGACCCCCGAGACAAGGAGGUGACCUCUAAGACACAAAGGUGUCCCCAAGCUGAGGAGGUGACGCCAAACACCAAGAUGACCCUAAGCCACCAAGGUAACCCCUGAGACAAGGUGACCCCAGGCCAUCAAGUUGGGCCCAACCACGAGAUACUGAGAUGAGCCCAGGCCCCCAAGAUGACCCCCAAACUACCAAGGUGACCACAAGAGGUCAAGCUGACCAUGAGCCACCAAAAUGGCCUCUGAGCCACCAAGGUGACCGCAAGCCACCAAGGUGACCCAAGCCAUGGGAAAAGUCCUUCCAGAAGGUUCUCCACAACCCCUACCCCAUGCUGCAGAAGACUCCCUGCACCCAGAGGACCUCCUCUCCAUCCUACGCCCACCUCAGCACCCGCGGGCUGCUUCCUCCUGCAAGAGGACCCUUGAGGGACUGAGACUUGGGCAUCGGAGCUCCUCCACCUUGUGUUCUUGGUGGGGCUCCAGCAUCUCCUGGUGCUCACCACGUGGUCCAAAAGCUUCCGUUCCUUGAGUUGCCAUUGGGACCUCGUGCAGAAGACCACUCGUUGGGACCUCACGGCCAAGACCUCGCCCGUUGGGCCAUCAUCGUGCAGAAGACCUCACCCUCCUCAGCAGGUGCCGGUGAUGGUGGGACUCAAUCUCUGGGCUUCUCCACCCAAAUGUCGGGUGCUGCAGUUCAGGAUCUUGGCACCAGAGGGCUCCCGGACCUGCAGAAAUUGCUUGUUUUGGGAGGAAAAUUCUUUCCUCUGCACUCCCACAUGGCCUUUGCUCGUUUUUUUUUUGUUUUUUUUUUUUUUUUUUUUUUCCUUUUUCCCCUUUCCCUUUUUAAAAAAUAUAUAAUAAUAAUUUUCCCUUAAUAUUUGUAAUAUCUGUAUACUUAUUAUUAAUUAAAUUAUCCUCACAUGUACCCCU